UAAAAGAUAAUUUUAUGAGUUAGAUAUGACCGCGAUGUAUUUAACUUAAAUUUUGUUUAAAAUAGUACCUAAUAUAUAGACCUAAAAAUACAAAUUUGUGCCGAGUAUUAAGGCCCUAAAACAGUCGCUUAAAUAAGAAGAGUAGUAAUGCAUUAAAACACAAUAUCAGCUACUCUUCGUCUUGCCUUCUUCACUGAUUUCAGAAGAAAAGUUGUAUCUUUACUGUUACAUAAUUUCCAAAUGGCGAAUGUUUGUCCAAUUCCAACCGAUUCAUACAAGCUGGGCUUUAUAGGAGCUGGUAAAAUGGCUGAAAGUAUAGCUAGAGGUGUGGUUAAAUCUGGGAUAUUGCCUGCUUCUCGUAUUCGAACAGCCCAUUCUGGAUCAGCUCGUCGUACUGCUUUUGAGUCUAUUGGGGUUACUGUUUUAGAUAACAAUAGUCAGGUUUCUUCUUUUUUGUCAGAGCAGGUGGUUGAAGAUAGUGAUGUGAUUAUAUUCUCUGUGAAGCCUCAAGUGGUUAAAAAUGUGGUGUCAGAGUUGAAGCCAAUCCUUUCAGAGAAGAAGCUUUUGGUGUCAGUUGCUGCUGGUAUCAAGUUAAAGGAUUUGCAGGAAUGGGCAGGUCAAGGCCGAUUUAUUAGGGUGAUGCCAAACACUCCCUCUGCUGUUGGUGAAGCCGCCACUGUCAUCACUUUGGGGGAGAAGGCAACAACAGAAGAUGGAGAGUUAAUUUCCCAGUUAUUUGGAGCUAUUGGUAAGGUGUGGAAAGCUGAUGAGAAGCUGUUUGAUGCAGUUACAGGUUUAAGUGGUAGUGGACCAGCCUAUGUUUUUCUAGCAAUAGAGGCAUUGGCUGAUGGAGGGGUGGCUGCUGGUUUACCGAGGGAGCUUGCACUUGGACUAGCCUCUCAAACCGUACUAGGAGCAGCAUCAAUGGUCUCCGGUAUGAGCAAGCAUCCUGGUCAACAUAAAGAUGAUGUUGCAUCACCUGGGGGUACAACCAUUGCUGGAAUUCACGAGUUGGAGAAGUCUGGAUUUCGCGGUAUCUUGAUGAAUGCAGUUGUUGCUGCAGCUAAACGAAGUAAAGAGCUUUCUCAGAAUUAAUCUAUUUUUCUCUAUUAAGGUCAUGGAGAACCAGCCGGAAGCUACUAUAUAUGUCUAGCUGAGUUUUUUAAGUGCUAAAUUAUUAUGUGAAAGGUGCAGGGCUUUUUGACCAAAAUAAAGCACUGUAUCUGUUAAACUUUUUGAACCAACAUGCCCACAUUUUAUCAAAGAGGCUUGUGGCACAAUCACCAUCACUAUAAAUAAACAUUAUUUAUAGUUAUUACUCCCUUCGUUUAAAAAA